GCAAUAAUAAUGGGGGUGUGAGGUUAAUCUCUACUAUGCCUUGGAAACAAUCAUUUUGGACUGGAAAAUUUUCUCCAUAACAGAUUGUAUACCAGUUGUACGUAGCUUAACAAACUACCCAUCUUUAUCACAUGAAAGAUGGCAAGACACAGUGCAAUUUUCGUGACCACGUUUAGUUCAGUUGUCAUAAUUCUGCUGAUUUUCAUUUCCACGGAAGCAAUCCAAGUUCAAGCACAAGCAGCUGGCCGUCUUCCUGUUGCAGAAGUUGUAGCCCUUAAAGAAAUAGCAACUCAAUUGGGCAAAGCUUGGAACUUCAGUGCAGAUCCUUGCAGUAAUGAUGUAAGCUGGUUCACCCCAUUAUCAAGGGCUACACCACUGUACAAUAACAGUAUAUUUUGCAAUUGCUCCUUUCCUGGUGGUGACUGCCAUGUUGUUAAGAUAUUUCUCAAAGGUCAAGAUCUUGCUGGGGUGCUGCCUUCUGCUAUUACAAAACUACCCUACCUUACGACCCUUGAUCUUAAUCGGAACUAUCUUAGUGGUAAUAUACCAAGAGAAUGGGCUUCUACAAAGUUGGAAUUUCUGGCCAUUUCUGCUAACCGAUUAACCGGAAAAAUUCCUAGCUAUUUGGGGAACAUUACCACACUUAGAAUCUUGAGCAUAGAGAGCAAUAUGUUUUCAGGAUCUAUUCCUCCUGAGCUUGGAAACUUGGUUAACAUGGAGAUUCUCGUUCUUAGUGCAAACAAUUUGACUGGAAACUUGCCACUGGCUCUCACUAAUUUGACCAAAUUAACAGAGCUUAGGAUCAGCAGCAAUAACUUUAUUGGAAAAAUACCCAGUUUUAUUGAAAGCUGGAAAAGUCUUCAGAAAUUAGAGAUCCAAGCUAGUGGUCUUCAAGGGCCUAUUCCUUCUACUAUUUCUGCUUUGAAAAAUUUAACUGAACUAAGGAUUAGUGACUUACAUGGAGAAGGUUCAGAGUUCCCACAGUUGAAUGAGUUGACAAAACUCAAAUUAUUGAUGUUGCGGGACUGUAAUAUAUCUGGACCUAUCCUGCUGGGUCUAGCAGCAAUGCCAGAUCUGGAAUAUUUAGAUCUCAGUUUCAACAGAUUGGAAGGAAUUCUUUCAACACACCUUGAAGGUCUAACGGACUUGGAAAAUGUGUAUCUGACAAGCAACUUGCUCUUUGGACCCGUACCAGACUGGAUCAAGAACGGAGAUACUCGUGCUGAAAUAGACCUUUCUCGCAAUAAUUUUACUGAAAGCUCACUACCACCUACAUGUCGAGAUACACUAAAUUUGUUUAAAAGCACUUCAGGAGGGAAUGACUCAAAACCUGCCGAGUGCCUAAACAACUUCGCUUGUUCAAAAGACAGGUAUUCAUUGCAUAUAAAUUGUGGUGGAAGACCAACAACCAUUGGAAGCAUCACCUAUGAAGCAGACGAGGAGUCAGGAGCUGCGGCUAAAUAUGUUCCCAAUAGGGAGACUUGGGAAAUUAGUAAUACAGGAAAAUUUGUGGGUGCAAAUAGAUCAGCAAGCAACUACAUUGCACAAAACUUCUCCACCCUUAAGAUGGUUAAUUCUGAAUUGUACACAAGAGCACGUCUCUCUCCUCUAUCCCUUACAUACUAUGUACGUUGUUUAGGGAAUGGAAAUUACACUGUGAAGCUUCACUUUGCAGAGAUAGUAAUCAGGGAUAACAGAUCCUUCUAUAGUCUUGGAAGACGAAUCUUUGAUGUCUAUAUCCAGGAAAAACGUGUCCUGAAGGAUUUUGAUAUUGUAAAGGAAGCACAAGGGGCAGAUAAGGUGAUCAUUAAGGAUUUUAAAGCAGCUGUUAAGGCUGGAACUUUAGAGAUCCAUUUUCGUUGGGCUGGGAAAGGGACAACAUCUGUCCCUAAGAGAGGAAUAUAUGGUCCUCUCAUAUCUGCAAUUGAUGUGGAAUCUGACUUCAAACCUCCCAUUCCUGGUGGAGGCAAACGGAAGAAAUUAAUUGUGGCUGGAGCUGUAGUUUUGCCGUUAUUCGUCAUUCUUGUUAUUGUAGGCACUAUUUGGUGGAAAGUUCACAGCAGGGCAGUAAAAGAACAAGAAUUAUUGGGUUUAGAUCAACAAACUGGUGUGUUCACAUUCAGACAAAUUAAAGCUGCUACUAACAACUUUGAUCCAGAAAACAAGAUUGGACAAGGUGGUUUUGGAUCAGUCUACAAGGGAACACUAUCAGAUGGGACUGUUGUUGCUGUUAAGCAACUUUCUUCUAGGUCAAAGCAGGGAAAUCGAGAAUUUUUGAAUGAAGUAGGCAUGAUUUCUGCUUUGCAACACCCAAAUCUUGUUAGAUUGUAUGGAUGUUGUGUUGAAAGAAAUCAAUUAUUGUUGGUAUACGAGUACAUGGAAAACAAUAGCCUUGAGCACAAUUUGUUUGGCAAGAAGAGAAGCCAGUUUAUAUUAGACUGGCCUACAAGGCAAAGGAUUUGUAUUGGCAUAGCAAAAGGUCUUGCUUUCCUCCAAGAAGAAUCUGCAUUGAGAAUUGUUCAUAGAGACAUUAAAGCGGCUAAUGUUCUCCUUGAUAAGGACCUAAACCCAAAGAUUUCUGAUUUUGGGUUGGCCAAGCUUGAUGAAGAGGAGAAUACUCACAUCAGCACCAGAGUUGCUGGAACUAUAGGAUACAUGGCACCAGAAUACGCACUAUGGGGUUACUUAACCCAUAAGGCAGAUGUUUACAGUUUUGGGGUUGUAGCAUUGGAAAUUGUUGUUGGAAAAAGCAACAUGAAGUUUCGACCAGAUGAAAAUUUUGUCUGUCUCCUAGAUUGGGCUCUUGUUUUGCAUCAGAAGGGAGACCUAUUGAAGCUGGUUGAUGAAAGGCUGGAGUCCAAGUUCAGCAAGAAAGAAGCAGUUAGAAUGAUAAAAGUAGCUUUGCUGUGCACUAAUCCUUCCCCCUCGCUUAGGCCUACAAUGUCCGAGGCAGUAAGAAUGCUUGAAGGUCGAGCUGCUGUUCCUGAAUUUGUAAUGGGUCAAAGUGUGUAUGCGGACGGAUUUGGGGCCUUAAGAAAUCAAUAUGAUCAAAUUUCACAAGCAAACACGAGCGGAACUGAGUCUCUCAGUCAGCCAUCAGAUGCACCACGGACCGGGUCAUCGUCUGCAUCUGGGUAAACAGAAGAUGAUGCUCUGUUCCGCUGGGAUAUUGGUGUGGCAUGGAGCUGAGAAGAGGACGCCUUUGAAGUUACAGCACCAUUAAUACCGCCUCUUUUUAAAUUAGGCCAAGAAUGAAAUCUGAAAUAAAAGAAAACCUAAAACAGAAGAGGAAAAAUAAAAUAAAAUAAAGAAGCAAAAAGUUUGACAUAAUUUGUACAGAAAUAGAAAUGUAAUGAGGAUUGGAAUGAGUUUCUGUUAUAAAGGAUGAAAUAGGAGAUCCCAGAAAGAUAUUUAUUUAAUGUACUGUUUAUUAACCGCCUCA